CCCACCUCAUCUCGCCUGCGUCCGGCCGCGGCGUCUGCUACGGAAGGGGGAGUUCGAGCUCUGCGCCUGGCGGGCCCCGAGGUAGUUGCGGCCGUAGCAACGGCGUGAGCGAGUGGUGUUCGCGCAGCACCGGGAAAGUGAAGCCAACACGACCGGCGGAUCCGUGACAACAGGGAUCGGCGCGGAGCGUUACAGUUCAACUCGGUAACAAGUCGCGCACCACCAGGAAGAUCGUCGCUGACACCUUCGUACAACCUCUCCGUAAAAAGAGUCGCGGUGCUGGCUUAGGCCUCUCUUUCUCGAUCGUCUUCUGUUGGAUAUCUUCGAGCCGUUCAUCCGAAAACGAACUGCGACGAAAACCACAUCCUGCCCAACCUGGUCCGUGGUCGAGCCUGUUCUUUGAUGCCUUCCAGCCUGACACGUCGGUCGGCCACCGCCGAAGACCUGGUCUACGAGGCACCGCGACGCACUCAACGAAGUCACUCAGAAUGUGACGUCGGCGAGACCUAGGAGUCGUCGUUCGUGAGCGCGCCUGCGGCAGCAAGUUCCAACGCAGCGGCGGCGGCGCGGAGAACUCGGCGUCGCUUCAACAGUGCUACUAUCCCAUCAAGAACCAAUAACACGGAGACAAGCCUGUGGGGAGACCGUUUGAUGUGCCUCUUCAGACUGGGUUGAUUGGUGCCACCCGACGUGACCAGGAAGAAACAGGCACAGGAGAAUGCUCGAGCUCACAGACAGCGAUCGCCUCAUUCUGGUGGCUUCUUGCGCGGGACUCGUCACAGCCACCAUCCUGGUCACCGUGUGCGUGGUGACGCCCCACUGCUGGCUCUAUCGUUGCAUCUGGGGUCGCGAGGAGGAGAAGGAGAAACGCAAGAAGCUCUACUACGGCACUGACGUGAUCCCACUGCCGGCAUGUCCCGUCUCCACCAAGUCCGUGCCGGCUACCGGGGAAGGGAAGGGUGCCGAGGGUGGCGGACUGGUGGGUGCUACAGGCGGCGUGGGCGGCUCCAUCGUCCUGCUGCCUUUCGUGCGCAGCCGGGCGGCCCGGGACUCUACAUACAGCAGCAUGUCCACGGCCAGCAGUCGCGGAGAGGCAUCGGUCUACCGUUUUCCUGCUUGCAACGGCUGUUCGCAGAGCGACAAUUCUGGCGACGUGGUUGGCAGCGUGGAAGGUCUGGAGGAGGCACCGCCGAUGCUGGGCAAGGUGACAAUACUGCUCAGGUUCCAGCCAUCCUCACCCACUGCUUCGUCAUCACAAGGCUUUCCCGCUGGAAAACUCUUCGUCACCAUAAGGGAGGCGCAGAACCUUCCUCAAAAGCCCCAGGGCGUCGUGUGUGACCCGUACAUCACCUGCAAGGUAAUAAAAGGCCGAAUAAAGAAGCCACGACGUGGCAGCGCCGGUCUUCGCCGACCCAGCUGCAUCAGCCUCGGCAGCACGGGUCACUGCCUGGGCCAGUACCAAACACAGACCAAGCGCAAGACGCAGAGCCCACUCUACAAUGAGACCUUUUCGCUGGACCUGGCCAGGGGAGAGUUGAAGGACUCGUCCCUUUACCUGGCCCUCUACGACAUGGACAAGUGCUCCAACGACACAGAGGUGGGAGAGGUGAUCGUUCCUCUGAAAGAAGUCGACAAGUUGGUGGAAGAUCCCUCAGAACACAUGCUAGAACUGGAGCUGAAGGAGCCUAAGCAGUACAAGGGGGAGAUACUCUUCGGCCUGAGCUAUCUGCCGACAGCCGAGAGACUCACCUUUACCAUUAUGAAGGCCAGCAACUUGACAUCGCCCAUGAACAACCUGGAGUCGUUCUAUCCUUGCGUUCGUGUGCUCCUGUUCCACAGCGGGAAGCUUCGCAAGAAAAAGAAGACAGCCGCCCAACACGCCACGCUGUGUCCGGUCUACAACGAGUCGCUGACGUUCGACGUGCCACAGACCGAGCUGGACAACGUCGUCUUCCUGGUGGUGGUCAGCCACCGGGACCCCGCCCAGACAGUCUCGUCACCGGAGUCACCCACUACUCCCGUGGCCGGAGCACCGCAGCAGCACGUCGGCAAGGUUGUCGUCGGAGCCUGCGGCCGUGGCAGCGUACUCCACCACUGGAAUGCCAUGAAGCAGAGCCCGCGCAAGCAGGUCACCCAAUGGCACACGCUCCGGUGAAUGGACACGCUUCCGCGGCUGAGUGCAGUGUGGUAUGGACUAAGUUGUGUGGACAUUGGAGGAAACAAAAAAGGCAGCGAGCACGGUGAAAUAUCUAAAGCGAUAUUUGCUGAUGUGCAAACACCGAAGUCAUCCUGGGGCCAGUCGUACUCCUCGAACGUGCUUCGAAAUUGUCAAACCAGAACGAUUGGCGUGCGCGCGUUCGAGGAGUGGCCAUCAGAGACACAGGAGGUAAUUCUGGUGCCCGUAGUGACACUUUCUGAGCACAUGUCAGUGGUGUUUUAGUGACACAUUUGGAAGGGCAGGAAAAAGAAAUCCGAACGAUCUCGUUAUACACAAGAACGGUAGUUGAUGGUUUCGGGAAAACGAAACUCCUGGUGCAAUUCCAUUUCACUACCCAUGCACUGCUGCAACUUUCGAAAGGUACUCAUGUCCCUCGUGUUUUGGUUGGCAACUCUGUGAAAGCAUGUUCGCAUGCUAUCUUUUGCAGUUGGCGAGUUGCGAGAGCGAUGGCGAUAGAACAUUGGUUCAUUUCAAUGUAUAGAUGCCAUCUCUAUUGAGUUGCAGAGAACUCGGCCUCAUGACGCUAGACAAGCGUCCUUGCACUCGCUAGGAAGUUGCAGGACGAAGUUUGUUGCUGUCCUGCGUUUUUUGCCCUUCACGUCCUCUCCAGACGAAGUGUUAUUUACCGACUUGCAUGCUAUCGUGACUGUUCUUUUUGAAAAGUUCACUGGGAUAUUAGACAGCCCCUCAGUACACCGCUAUUUUUUUACAGAAAACGCACUUCCUUAUGUUCUGUCGCUUCGGAGUCGGAUUGUGGUUAUGACAGUGCGAGAGUAACGACAGUGGACGGUGUUGGGCAUGAAGGCACUUUCUUUUGCUGCGUGUUUUUCUUCGGGGCAAGAACAUUCCCAUCGACGAAAUGUCCACCAUCGGCUGGAAGCUGCUACGAACAACAAUUCGGGGCUCCAUUCAAGCAUAAACCCGCUCAUUUUACUCAGAACACAAAACUCAGUCUUUAUUGCUCUGUAAAUCUAAUGAAUAGCGGCAGUUCUAAUUUCGUAACGGUGGCUCUGAAUUCUCUCAAGACCGACGCCCGAGUUUCAUUUCGACAUAGUCCUCGUCUUUCGGUGAUUGUUGAGCUAAUAUAAAUGUAUUUUGUUCGAAUGUAAGUCCCGUAGUCACAAAUAUGAGCAAAUAUGCUCGAGAACGCGUGUUCGAUUCCAGGCCGCAGUGGCCGCGUUUGCAUUUGGAGGAAAUGCAGAGAAAAAAACACUCUUGCCCUUAUUUUUCGGAGCACUUUAAGAACCACAGUUGGGCAAAUAUACUCUUGACUCCCGUACAACAACAUGACUCAUGAUUAUAAUUAGGCCUUCGACGGAAAACCUCAAAACUUACUUUAGUUCACCUAAAACAAUUUUGAAGAGCGCUGCUGAGGAAAUGAGAGUGAUGUAACAUUGACAAACGUUACCUGCCUGCUUGCUGUAUCAAGUUAUCUGAGCUUCCGUUAACAAUCUCAGUGCAAGGUAAAAUUGUUUCAUGGUAUUGGGGCAGAAAACUUGUGAGCUCCGCAUCGCAAUUCUUUAAAACUUGCAAAAAAUUACCGAUAGGGAGCAAACGCCUUCCCCAUUUUGUGUACCAGACCAUAGGUGAACCGUUGCAUUCGUAUGGUAAAGUGGUUUUGUAUGAGAACGCUGCGCCCCGUGAGCAUGAGCAAAGCUCUGCAGGGCACAAUCUGCGGCACCAUGUCUACAUAAGCCAUGGCAUCUUUUGGGCUAGAUAUAUUUUCCUGCAGGACGGAUCUUCAAAAAAGAAGUGCACAGAAAUGCGCAAAAGAUAAUCGUCUUAAAUAUUAGAUCAUUGAUGUAUAAACGAAGGCGCACCUUUUGCACGGUUUCUUUAACAUGAACGGCAUUAUUGGUGGUGUUAUACUGACCUGUUCCGUGAUAUCGGAGAUUUACCAGUUAUUGGUUUCUAGAAGUACAUCGCUUCCAUGAGGAGGUGAAAAAAUGAUGUUGCCAUGGAAACGCAACAAAGGCAGUGAGAGUUAUACUGCGAUAAAUGCUAGAAUUUGUCCCUUUACGGUGCUCCUCGUAACACGUGGCGCUCAAACACCUGAAAGAAUAUUCAACUUGCCGCUUCAAGCCAUAUUUAUUCCUCCAGAGUGAGCGUCCGAGCAUGAUGUGCUGACACCACUGCGUCGUCCGUUGAAGCUCUACUUGCUAUAUGAUUCAUAAAAUGUCUCCUUUAGCAUUAUUGUUGUGUCCUCCUCAUAGUUCGUCCCUGCUACAAAGAAAUAUAAGAUUUCUAGAUGAACAUCCUGCACUGUUGACUGAGGAUGCAAACAUUGCAAAAUAUUGUGUGAAACCAUUUAUCGAAUCCCCGAGGCUUCUAACUUAGCCAUCGUCAGCUUAGGCACUAAGUGCCAAUGCUGCCCCCAAUGCCAGCUAGUAAUAUUUUUAAAACGUCAUUGAAACGUCUGUGUGUUGCUUUGGUGCACAUUUUUGUUUUUUUAUGUGACUUUUUGUUGGAAAUGGUAAAAUUUCAACUUUGUUGAGAAAUAAGGAUAUUUUGUUGGUGUCUAGCUACAUGACCGCACAUACCAUGCUCGCAUGGUACCGAUGGUUUCUCACUGUGAAACAACUAAGCUCUACAAACUUGUCAUAUUCUGCCAUAUAUGUUACUAGCCUCCGUAUGUUUGUACCAUCAUUCUUGUGCAUGUGGCAGAUGAUCUCGGGCUAGGAAUUUUGCAGUAUUGCAAAAACUAUUUCCACAGUUUAAUGCAGAAUUAACUUUAUGGUAAUUGCACGUAGCAAAAUAUGUGCAAAGUUUCGGCACCAAUUGAAUAUUAUUGUUCUCAGUGUUCUUUAUUUAAAAGGUUGCUGCUAUCUAAAAGAAUUUAUUUUUAGAGUGUAUAUAAAACAGCAAUUAGGUACAUACUGCCUAGUGAUUUUUACUAUCUAAAAUAUAUUAAUUUUUAAAGCGUUUAUAAACCAGCAAUUAAGUGCAUACUGCCUAGUGACUUUUACAUUGGACUGCACAGACAAAUUCUUACUAUUUUGCGUGCUAGCCACUAAGGCACCUCGUAUGUGCCAUCAGCACAUAUGGCGUAACUGUGUGGUUGUAGUGGUGGAUAUCUGUUUCUACUACAAAAAUCCCUAAGUUUGUCUUUGUACAACAUUUCAAAAAGUAAGGAUGGUCUUGGUUGCAGUUUAUUGUGCCACCUAUAGUUAUAUUAUGGAUAAUUUGCUUUCCAGAAGUAGUAUUUCUGUUUUCACAGCCUCACUUGUUAACUUUUGCAUAGUAGUGGAAAGGGUGUCGAAUAAUUGUCUCACUACACAGAACGAGAGACUGGAGUUAUAUUUUGUAAAGGCCAGUGUUGUACGACGGCAAACACAUAUUUGAAAAGAAGGACUCCAGUAAACCUUGCGAAACCCUCCUCAAUUUGUCUGUCGAACCGGUGCUCUUGGAUCUGAUAAUCAGACAAAUGAACACCGUGCCCACGUUAGAAAUAUUUUACAUUUAGUACAACAGUUCUUCAAUUAAAAUAAACGUGGUAUCUGGA